CAACUUUUUUUUUUAGAUGAAUUGACAACAUACCUUUCAAAAAACCGCAAAUAUAUCAACCAAGAUCUCCGCAAAUAUUUUUUAGAUUAAUUGACAUCGCAAUCGUAAUUGAUAAAUAUAUCAACCAAGAUCUGUGAAUCAACGCACAACCUUUCAAAAAACCGCAGUACAAUCAUCUUCUGCUGGAAAUUUGGUUGGGCAAUAUUUUCUAGAACCCUGAGAACAAUCAUUGGAAAGAACACUCCAAUUUCAGCUUUCAAUCCAGCUCUAAAUCUUGAGACCAAGCUAAAGAAAAUCGAACAGGAGAGCUGGAAUACAAUCAUAAGCGAUGAUGCACUGUUCUUCUUUCAGUAUGUCAUCUUUCUUAAACCCUAUCUGUACUUUAAACCACAAAUCUCAAAUCUUUCAUCAUUCCAACCAACCUUCAUUCACAUUCACAAAUCCAACAUUUCCAAACCCCAAAUUUCUCAGGUUAGUUUGCGCAGUCGGCGAAUUAGGCCAAGUUCAUAAUGAGAAACCCAAAAUUAAUAAAUGGAUUGAUAUAAAACCUGAUGAAAUAAAUGAUGCACAAAGAAAUCAUAUAUCUAGGUUACCAAAAAACAUGUCGAAUCGCUGUAAGGCUUUAAUGAAACAGUUGAUUUGUUUUUCGACCGAAAAAUAUAGUAGUUUGUCAUUGUUGUUAUCUGCUUGGGUGACAAGUAUGAAGCCUGCUAGAGCUGAUUGGCUUGUUGUUCUUAAAGAACUGGAUAUUAUGAACCACCCGUUGCGAUUACAGGUGGCCGAAUUUGCACUUCUUGAAGAAUCAUUUGAACCAAAUAUUCGUGACUAUACAAAGAUAAUUCAUGGUUAUGCUAAGCAAAGUCAAUUACAAGAUGCUGAAAACACACUACAAGCCAUGAAGAAUAGGGGCUUCGAAUGUGAUCAAGUGACGUUAACAGCUUUGAUUCAUAUGUAUAGUAAAGCCGGAAACUUUAAUCUUGCAAAAGAUACAUUUGAAGAAAUGAAACUUCUUGGGCUUCCUUUAGAUAACAGAGCUUACGGGUCAAUGGUUAUGGCAUACAUAAGAGCUGGAAUGUUAGAAGAUGGAGAAAUCCUACUUAGAGAAAUGGAAGCUCAACAAAUAUAUGCAAAAAGUGAAGUUUACAAGGCAAUGUUACGGGCAUACUCGAUGAGUGGAGAUAGUGUAGGAGCUCAAAGAAUAUUUGAUGCAAUUCAAAUCGCGGGCAUUAUUCCUGAUGAUAAGAUAUGCACAGUCCUCAUCAACGCAUAUGUACUUGCAGGUCAAAAGGAAGAAGCUUGUGUUGCAUUUGAGAAUAUGAGGAGAGCUGGUAUUCUCCCUAAUGAUAAGUGUGUAGGUUUGAUGUUGGAUGUUUAUGAGAAGGACAAUAAGCUUAAGGAAGUGUUGGACUUUUUGAUGGAUCUAGAGAAGGAUGGGAUAAUGAUCGGGAAAGAAGCUUCAGAGAAAUUGGCUCGUUGGUUUCGAGAUUUGGGAGUGGUAGAGGAAGUUGAGCUUGUUCUGAGAGAGUACGUUUUGAAGGAAGCAUAAGACGAUGGGAGUCACUUUUGAAAUCCACACUAUCAUCUGUGAAAAAGCUUGGAGCAGGACGAAUUUCAGCUUCAUGGGUGACCACUCAUUUUGCAUGUUGCCAGGAUUCGUUGCUGGUGAACCUCCAUGGCCACAAGGGCAGCUGUUUUUACUGACGAAAAUGGACAUGAAGAAAAAGAAAAAGAGGAAAGUGGUGUUGUUGCUGGUGAAAGAUUGAGCUGCAACACGUGUGGCGUAUUAACUUUUGAUUCCCUUGCUGAUCAACGCUCUCACUUCAAGUCCGAUUUCCAUCGCUUUAACGUAAAGCUCACUGUUGCUGGAAAGGCUACCGUGGACGAGGAGGAUUUUGAUGUAAGGAUAUCUGAUUCGUUGGCUCAGGAUUAUGAUAUAUCUAGUAUAUCAGGUUCAGAAGAAGAAGAUGACCGGGAAUCUAACCUUCGCAGUGAUUUGAAUAAGGGAUUGUUGGGAAGUUCUAAAACGAAGAUUUUUGUACAUUUAGCAAGUGGAGAAAUAACUUCGCUUUGGAAGUGCUUGUUUCAAAACUAUUCUUACAAAAUAAAAGUAGAUGCGGCAGGUGAUUCCAAAUAAAUAUUCUUUGUAUCAUCGGAACCUUGUGUUAUAAGAACUCCUUACUUUUAACUAUAGCAAAAUGAAUAACAUUGUCCAAAGUUCUUUUUUCGAUUA